AUGGAAUCAAUUAGCAAUGCUCUUUACUAUGUGUUUCAUUCAUUUCAUUUGACGAAUGUUCUGCAAUGGAUGACCCAACACAACCCAAAUCAUCGAUCCAAUAUCAUAAGUGAAAGCGAAUCUCGGCAGGCUUGUUUCAACUUUCUUGAUCAAACCAGCCGGAGCUUCAGCGUUAUCAUUAAGGAGCUCCACUCCGAACUGCUCGUCCCGAUUUGUAUCUUCUACCUUGUCCUCCGCGGUCUCGACACCAUAGAAGACGACCCUUCUAUUCCUGUAAAGGCCAAGGAGGCCUUGCUUCGUGGUUUCGAGAAUAUACUAAUGAAGGACGGGUGGACAUACGAUGGCAACCGUCCCGAAGAGAAGGACCGCGAACUGCUUGUUCACUUCCAUCACGUUAUCAAAGAGUAUAAAGCUUUGAAGCCAACCUACAAACACAUUAUCAAGGACAUCACUAAAAUAAUGGGUAACGGAAUGGCCGACUUCUGCCACAAGGUUACCCUAGGCCGUCCAGAUAAUACCAGCGUCAUGACUAUAGCAGAGUAUGAGCUGUACUGCUAUUAUGUUGCCGGCUGUGUCGGUGAGGGUCUUACCCGCUUCUUCAUCGAAGCGCGACUUUGCAACUCGUCAUUACUCGACAACCCAACUUUACCUCGGUCAAUGAGUCUCUUUCUGCAGAAGACCAACAUCAUCCGCGACGUCAGUGAAGAUCACGAAGACAAUCGUCGGUUCUGGCCCCGUCAGAUAUGGUCUAAGUACGUCAGCAACUUUGCAGAUUUGUUCAAGCCAGAGAAUCGUGAGGCGGCCAUAGAGUGCAGUUCUGAGAUGAUUCUCAACGCACUUGAGCAUGUCAAGGAAUGUCUCAUUUAUCUGGCUGGGUUGAAUGAGCAGAGCAUCUUCAAUUUCUGCGUUGUGCCUCAGUGCAUGGCUAUUGCGACACUGGAACUAUGCUUCAGCAAUCCCGCUCUGUUUGAACGGAAUGUCAACAUCAAGAUCAGCAGGGGCGAUGCGUGUCAGUUAAUGCUCGAGUGCACACAAGGCUUGCCGGGGCUAUGUCGUUUCGUCAGUCGAUAUGCACGAUGUAUCAAAGCCAAAAGCUCUCCAAAUGCUACCAAGCUGUUCGAGAUUAACAAGAUUUGCGGCACGAUCGAAGAAGCUGCCAAAACUCUAAUUCAAUCUCAAGAAGGGUAA